AUGGACCUUUCCAGCCCAGACAAGGAAAAGAAACAUCACGUUGGAAACAUUGGGCAACAUAUCCAAGUACUCCAGCACGCCUACGACACGCUCGCUAAGGGAGAAGAUGGAGCCGAGGGAGAGGCAGCCAAGGCCCUUCAACGUAAGCUCCAGGCGCUCCGAGAAGAACGAGACAGCUCUAAGUCCGCCAGCCAGAGGCUCCUCGUGGCCAGCGGAAACAUGUCCAAAUUCGAGAAGCAGGUUGACAGCCACACCAAGACGGUGGGCAUGCUCGAGGUCAAAGUCCAGAAUGCAGCAGCGCACCUACGUGAGCAAGAACGGGAGCUGGAGAGCGCCAUGCAGAGCCUGGCCGAUGCCAAGCGAAAGCUUCAGGAGGUCAACACUGAGAUGGCUGUGCACAAAGCGGCUGUGGCGGCCGCCAGCGAGUCAGGCAGUCGAUCCUCGUCUCCCAAGCCAUCGCCCACGCAGAUCUUCGCGCUCACUCCAGACGAGCUGCAACAGAUGCAGCUGAUGUACCUGUCCCAUCAGAGCCACCAGCAGACGCGGUUCAAGGUGCUGACCCAGGACCAAGCGCUGCGGGAGGAGGUGCAGGUGGUCGAGCCGGCCGUGCCC